AGCUGUUAGCUCCGGAGUGCCGGUGUGUCGUCCUGCGGAGGCAAGCCGUCAUGGCAGAAGCAGCGCCCAUGCAGGUGGAUGCUGAUGAAGGGAUGUUGCUCUACGUCUCGCUGCUACGAGAAGUUCUGACCAGUCAAGGGCUGAUGGUCCCUGGCAGCACCUUGAUGCUGGCAGAGAAGCAGCUUUCGAUCUACCAUUUGGCCGCCAGGCUACAGGAUUUGCGAGAUCCUUUGCUGACUUUCUGGCGCACUGGAGAGGAAUCCGAGGCCUUGGAAGAGCCCUUUGUCUCAAGUAUCAAGAAGGUGAAGCAAGUGUGGCAGCAGGAAGGCCGAUGGAAUUGCAACCUCAAGGCCAAGAAGGUCUUUGGACAUCCGCAGGCCGUGAAGUUUCUCUCCUUGCCCGACUUUCCGAGCUCUGUCUCCAGCUGUUGCGUCUUCCUUCCAAAGCGCCCCUCUGUGGGGGAGGGUGACGCCCUCUGGAGCUUCACCGCAGGUUGCGGCAAUGAUCCCAUCGCAGAUCUGGAGACCAAAGGGUUCGGACUUGUCUUGCGCAUGGACAAGUUCAUGAAAGAUGCCAUCGUGCUUGUAAGCCCCUCUUUGCAGCGCAGUUCGGAGGAGCUCUCCAAGCUCAUCCUCCGAGAGCCGGACGUGUGGAGGAGGCUCCUGAAGACUGAGCACGACCUUUUCAACCCUCCCAGCGCUUCAUUCGUCAAGCAGGUGUUGAGGUCGGCUACAGCCACCGUGACGCCUCAGAAGCCCAGGCCUGCAGGACCAGAAGAUCACACGCCGGAGAAGGAGAUGGACAAGUCCAAGGCAAAGAAUGAGGAUCCGGGACCGAAAGCCUACGCGAAGCUGUUGGAAGCGAUGCUGCAGGAGUUGGACUUCUUUGCGGAGCCGUUUCAAGGACUUCGCUGGCUCGAAAACAAGAAACAGCUCCUGGUUUACCACUACGCAGCACGCAUGAAUGAACAGAAGGAUGCGAUUCUCCAAAUGAUCCAAGGAGUUGAGGCAGAAGACCGCCUGGAGCCAGUGUAUGCAAGGGCAGUGAAGGCGGUGAAGGAAGAGCUCAUGGGACUCUUCAGUGAAGGUCACAAGUUCAAGAAGAUGUUCAGUCACGACCACGUGAUCCGCUUCCACACCCUCAAGGGGCUCCCAGUGCCACGCGAGAACUGCGUCUUCCUACGGGAGCGGCCGCAAUGCACCGGCGACGUCUUGAGGAAGACACCCUCAAUCUUUCGAGACCUCAUCCGAUAUCGCGGUCAGACGAGCCCCUUGAUGGAGCUUGAGCACCACCACUUGGCCCUGGUAUUCACUGUCACCGACCGAAACCCUCGUGCCUGGCUCGUGAUCUCGCCUUUGCUCUCGAAGCCGGAGCUGGUGGAGAAGGUUUGCCAAGGCACUUGGAGCGAGAUUGAGGAGCAGUUGAAGGAGGAGCUGUCCUCGCUGAUCCGCCAAGAAUCGGAUGUGUGGCGCAACUUCAUCCAGCGCCAUGCGGAUAUGGUCAGCAAAGACUCCUUGAAGAUCAUCCAAAAGGUCUUGAAGGGCUGUCAGCCUGGUUCUGGAUUGGGCGCUUUCACCAUGCGCUUUGCAGAAGACGUGCAUGAAGCAUGCCAGGCCCGAGAGCUGGCGGAGAUGCGCUUCGCGGAAGCGGAGCAACGCUGGGAUAUGUCAGCGCAGUUGGCCUUAGCAGAUGCUGAAACCCGCCGCCUUGAUAUCGAGAAGAAGGCGAAGCAAUGGAAGAGUCGAGCGAAGCAGCAGGAGGCAGCUUUAGAGGUGGAGCAGCAGCAGGCGGAGGAGCAACUGUCAACCCUCCAAAAGAGCCAUCGCGAUGAAGUGUCACGACUUUACAAGGACUGCGAAGAGGCCAAAAGGUCCUUGGCACACCAGGAGCUGCGCUGCCUCCAGCUGGCUGAAGAGGCUGAAUUACUGCAAGACUCCAAACAGGAGUUGUUGCAUGCGGUCGCCAAGUUGGAUGCUGAAGAACGGAAGGACCGCAGGAGCUGGCGUAGGAAGAAUGCUGUACUGAAGCAACACUUGAAGCAAAGCAAGAAGGAACAGAAGGAGCUGCUUGCCAAGACAAAGGCUGAUGCAGAGGCAAAGCUCUCCGAUGUGCAACUUGCAGUGUCGGAGGAGGCUGCCCAGCUCCGUUUGCAGCUGGCGGAGGCUCAGUCCGCACAACGGGCGUCGCUGGCACAACUGGAGGUGCAGACAGCUGCUUUGCAGAGGACCGUUCAGCUUAACACUGAAUUGCGGACCUCCAUUGCAAAGGCGGAGGAUGAGGCGAAGGCCUCUUAUAAGGUGGCGACAGCCACCCGGGCUGCAGAGCUUGAGGCCCGGGCAGCACUGGAGGCCUCUCGUAAGGAGCUGGAGAGCGCCCAAGAAGCUAGCGGCAAGGAGCUGAAAGAGGCAGAGGCACGCCACGUGGAGGCUACAAAGGCUUUGCAAAAGGCCAAAGCUGAAAAUGACGCUGCGCGAGAAGAGGUGGCUCACUUGACUGAAACUUGCCGUGGCUUGCGAGUGGAUGCUGCGAAGGCCACCCUUUUGGAGCGCGAAAAGAUCAGCAUCGAAGAACAGCUCUCACAAGCAUCGCACGCUCAAAGCAAGUUGGCGAAGCGAAUCGAAGCGGCCGAGCAGACGGAGCAAAAGCUCCGGGAGGAGUUGCUGCAGCGAGAAGUGGAAGUGAAGAAUAAGAUUGAGACGCUGGAGCACCUUCAAGCGCGGAACCGAAGCCUUCAGGUCACCUCAGCUGAAGCUGCAGAACGAGAAGCUGAAGCUUCAAUGAGGCUGAAGGAAUCUGAGGCGAAGCUGAAAGAGGAGUCGGCCAUGGCCUCGGCAGCCCAGGCAGCGCUUGCGUCAGCCCGUGAGGCUGCAGAAGAUGCGAAAACACGGUGCAUCAAGGCGGAGGAGCUGGAACGAGCUGCCAAUGCGAAGCGUUCGCAGGCGGAGGAGCUGCAAAAGGAGGCGGAGACGCGAGCCCAAGAGGCCCAGGAGGCACGAGUCACCACACAGCAGCAAUACCUGCAGUCCAAGGCGCAGCUCCAGUCCCAGCGGAACGAGGCCAAGCACUUGACGGAACGCUGCAGUCAGCUGAGCUAUGAGAAGGCCCAGGCUGAGAAAAGAGCCGAUGGCGAAAAGGUAUCGAAAGAACAGGCUCAGCAGUCCCUGCUGGCGAAGCAGGCCGAGUUUGAAGUGGUGCAGGAGACUGUCAAGGCUGUCCAGGAGUCCAAUCGGACCCUGCGCGAGGAUUGCGCUGCCUUGCGAGCCAAGUCCAUGGAGGCGUUGACUUUGUCGGAGGAGGCUCAACGUUUGGCGGAAGCCGCCCGGAAACAGCGGCUGGCAGCCGAAGAGGAGGUAUCGAUGUCCAAGAAGGCAGCAAGAUUGGCAGAAGACAAACUGGGCGAAGUGUUGCAAAAACUUGAGGUUUUGCAGAAUGAGCGCCAGUCGAUCCAAUCAGACAUGGCAAAGCUCCAAAAGACCUGCGCAGAGAAGGAGAAGGAAGCGGAACAGGCACUGGAGGAGAAACGGAAAGCGGCUUCGCGGCUUAUCGCGCAGGACGCUGAGGCACAGAGCCUGAGCCGUGCCUGCGCCGCCCUCAAGGGCGACGUGGCGGCCGGUCGGCGCCGGGAGGAGGCGCUGGAGCAGCGAGCCAAGCAGGCAGAGGCAGAGAUGCGGCGCUUGGUGGCUGAGAUGGCCACAGAACCAGAUAGGUUGGAAGCUGAAUUGGAUGCUUUGGUGGAUGCGCAAUCGCCUGAUAAGCCACCGGACAUGACAGACGCGCCACCGGCCAUGGCAGCACGAUCCGAGGACGAGGCGCCAGCCAAGAAGCCGCGGAUUGAUCAAGGUUCGCAGCCCUCAAAGCGAAUCCGCUGUAAGAGCAAGGACCCUGGUCUAUGAGCCCUUGCGGCUGGGCGCAGGGUUGCCUUGCUUGACCUUCCGGAGUUGCACAUCAGCGUUAGGAAGAUCUCGCUGAGUCCUAGGGAAUCCCGGCGCUACAAAGCGAUGAAAGAGCAACAUCAAGAUAUACUGGAUUUUUUUUGCAGAAGGAACAUUGAUGAAGAACUAGGCAGAGGCAAGCAGCCAACCACCCAGAUUUGCCAAAAGAUUCGAUCGACUCGUCCUUUUUGCGAAUUUGAAGUUGAGGAAGAGCCUGUAAAACUCCACUGCGGGCGACAUGAAUGCCACGAGGUUUGAACAAGAGCUGAGGGUGACCGUCCCAGGGGGGCUUAAUGAUUUGGAUGCCUGGAACUGACGAAUGAAGCAAUGGGAGAUGACCCAGGAGAGAAGUCU